AUGAAAGUCUACUGGGCUACCAUAGCCGAGUCGAGGCCGCCUCACUCCCAGUUCCGUCAACAUGGUGACGCCCUACGUCGCCGUCGUCGUCCUCUCCUUCCUCGCCGUUGUCUCACUCAACGUCCUCCUUGUCCUUGGUCGCCGUCGCAGCAGCAAGAUCAAUGGCAAGAACAAACCACCGAGCCUGCCCUCCCUCCGGGUCCUCGGCCACCUCCACCUCCUCCAGAACCGGUCCACGCGGUGCUGGGGCGCGCCUCGCCGCGGCACGGCCCGAAGGUGCUCUCCCUCCGCCUGGGCUCGCGAGACGCCACGGUGGUCACCUCCGCGGCGCGCGCCAGGGAGUGCUUCACCGAGCACGACCUGUGCUUCGCGACCUGCCCGCGGUUCGCCGCGCUGGACCUCGUCACCUUCGGCGGCACCACGCUCCCGACGUGCACGUACGGCGCCUACUGGCGCGACCUCCGGCGCGUGGCCACGGUGCACCUCCUGUCUGCGCGCCGCGUCGGCCGCAUGAUGUCCGGCGCCGUCGCCGCCGAGGUGCGCGCGGCGGUGCGCAGGAUGCACCGUGCCGCCGCAGCGGCCCCCAGUGGCGCCGCGAGGGUGGAGCUCAAGCGGAGGCUGUUCGGCCUCAUCCUCGGCGCCGUGAUGGAGACCAUCGCGCGGACCAGUAAUAGGACGUCGCGCGAGGAGGACGACGCUGACGUGGACGCGGACAUGACGCCGGAGGCUAACGAGUUCAAGCAAAUGCUCGACGUCAUGGCGUCGCUGGUCGGCGCGGCCAACACGUGGGACUAUUUCCCGUUGCUGCGGCGGUUCGACGUGUUCGGGGUGAAGAGAAAGAUCAUGGCCGCCGUAAGGAGAAGAGACGCGUUCCUGCAGGGGCUCGUCGGCGCCGAGCGGCGGAGGCUUGAGCUUGACGACGGCCGCCGCGAGGGCGAAGAGGAGAGCAUGAUCGCCGUGCUGCUCUCGUUGCAGAAGUCAGGGCCGGAGAUAUACACUGACACCGUGAUCAUGUCUCUGUGCUCCAGCAUGUUCAGUGCCGGGACGGAGACGACAGCGACGGCGGCGGAAUGGGCCAUGUCCCUGCUGCUAAACCACCCGGAGGUCCUGAAGAAAGCGCAGGCGGAGAUAGACGCCUCCGUGGGGAGCUCCCGCCUGCUCAGCGCCGCCGACGUGCCGCGCCUCGGCUACCUGCAGUGCAUUAUCAUCGAGUCCCUCCGGCUGUACCCCGCCGUGCCGCUGCUGGUCCCGCACGAGUCCACCGUAGACUGCUCGGUCGGCGACCACCACGUCCCGCGAGGGACGAUGCUGCUCGUGAACGCCUACGCCAUCCACAGGGACCCGACGGCGUGGGCGGACCGGGGCGCGUUCAGGCCGGAGCGGUUCGAGGGGGGCGGAGGCGGAGCCGCGACGGCAGAGGCAGAGGAGCUCAUGAUCCCGUUCGGCAUGGGAAGGCGCAAGUGCCCCGGCGAGACGCUCGCGCUGCGGACGCUGGGCUUGGUUCUGGGGACCCUCAUCCAGUGCUUCGACUGGGACAGGGUCGGCGCCGCCCAGGUUGACAUGGCCGAAGGGGCAGGCGGGCUCAUGCUGCCGAGGGCGGCUCCUCUUGAGGCCAUGUGCAGGCCGCGCCGCGCUAUGCUUGGUGUCCUGCAGGACCUAUGA